CUGUCAUCAUCCUGUCAACUAAUAUAUGCACGUUAAGAUAAGCGAUAACAUAGGUUAUUCCUGUGAAAAAUUGUCCAUACUUAGUCUGCCCAAUACUGGUUUUGCUCGUGUGUAUAUGGACAUAAAAUGUCCACAUGUGUAUUAUUUGUCCUGAAGAUAUGAUAUGUGCAAAAGAGCACAAAUCCUCCAACUCGGAACAAAAACUGUCUGACUAAAAGAAACCAGUAUAAUACCACCUUACAAUGGCUCAAGCAAUCAAAUUAGACAAUGAAUAUUAUACUUUUUACAAAUUAUUCUGAUUGGUUUAAUAAUUGCAAUAAUUUUUCAUCCUAUAAAAUAAUAAAAAGCAAUAUAUUUUAGACAUAAUAGAAAUAAACAUGUAUUCGGUAUAACAUGCAUAGCACAGUGAUAUUACACUGUAACUUGUUAAAUGGACUGUUAAAUUAUCUCAAAAUAUGAUCACUUUGAACUAGUCGAAAUCAGACUAUAUACAGUAAUUCAGAUUUCAAGAACAAAGUAUUCAAACUUUGACAGUACACUAUAGCAGUUAAGCAGAGACGUGAUAAUGUAUCAUGUUGUACAGAUAUUAUUCAGCUUGCAAUUACCAAUCGCUUUGGCUGUUACGGGGUCUCAUUUCACACUUCCAUUGAAUUCAUCAAAUAACAAGUGUAGUCCUACUUUAUCAAGAACCCCAAGAGACAUCAAAUCUGUCAUAUACAUAGGAGUCAUUUUGAGUGACGGGGAUAAAGAUGUUGAAAAGGCCUUCGAAAAUGGAAUACAAGCAGCUAAUGAAGUUUUGAGCCAAAGUGGAACACUAUCAUCCUACCAGUUGGAACCUAUUAUUCAGUUUGUGCCAAGAGAUAAUGUUUUUAUAGCCACACAACAAGCGUGCAAAAUUCUGGAUCGAGGAAUAAUCGCCCUAUAUGGGCCAAGUUCACCAUCUCUGGCACAGGCUCUAUUGUCACUAGCCAAUCGUUUUGGUCUACCGUAUGUAGAAACACAUUGGAGUUUAGCACCACCAAAAAGUACUUACGCCAUACAUCUACAUCCCAGCAUUGAAAGCUAUGGAAUAGGCUUAUAUGAAUAUUUAACCCAGGUGGAAAAGUGGAAGCGAAUGACGUUGAUCUAUAAUAAACCUGAAAGUUUGCUCAAGUUCACCACCUUAGUGAAUAACUAUGAAGGAACUUUGAAGAUAAAAUCAUGGGAUGAGAAUGCAAGUGGAGCCAGAGCAAUGAUGGCAGAAUUAGGCUCAGGUUCAGAAAAAAACUUUCUUGUAGACAUUCCCAGUUGGCAAGUGAGCAACUUCUUAGUUAUGGCCUAUGUACACAAUAUGACUGGCUAUCAGUACACUUUCAUAUUCACAGACUGGGAUAUUGCAACUUUAGAUUUAACUGCAUUCAAAAUCGAUGUUGGAGCAAGAAUUAAAGCCAUCUCUAUCCUACCAAAAAUUAUGACACUAGAUAUGAACAAAGCUCGACCUUCUGAAAUGUCAAUUUAUCGGAAACCUAUUCAUGAAACUAUAGGUUCAAAAGAUUUGUCAAAUGGGAAUCCUACAAUUCAGUUCAGUUUAAUCUAUGACAGCCUAAUACUUCUAGCCCAUGGUCUCAGUACAGUAACCAGAACACGACCAUUACUGCCUCAAAAAUUGAGCUGUGAACGUCCUCCUGGCUUGUGGCCUCUUGGAUUGAGUCUGAUCAAUGCGGUUAAGUCAGUAGCAUCUGAAACAAUUCGUGGUCUAACAAGUCCAUUCCGUUUCGAUAAACAUGGUCUGAGAACACUAUUUGAUUUGACUACUUUGGAACUUACACAAGGUGGAUUUAAACCAACUGGGGUAUGGAAUAUUGAUGAGAGAAUGAAAGUUGCAAAACAGCCUGCAAUCACAUUACCAAAACAGCUGCCUAAAACCAAAGGUGUAGUACUCAAGGUGACUACAAUACCUGAUGCACCUUUUAUGAUUCCAAUCAAAUUUGAUGCUUAUGACAGACCUCUCGGCACUCCGGAUGCAUGGAUGGGAUACUGUAUUGAUUUGUUGAAUGAAAUUGCCGCAGACGUAGGCUUUAACUAUACAGUGCAUAUAACACCUGACCGUCAGUAUGGUUCUGGUAUAGAUUUUGGAAAUGGAACAGUUUUUUACAAUGGUAUUAUGGGUGAAUUAAUCCGUGAGGAAGCUGAUAUGGCUGUUGCUGGUUUCACAAUAACAUAUGAACGUGAAAAACUUGUCGACUUUAGUACUCCUUGGAUGACAUUGGGUGGAAGUAUUUUAUUUACAAGACCUAAAAGUCAAAAACCUUCAUUAUUUUCAUUUCUUCAACCACUUUCACCUCAGGUUUGGUUAUACGUAAUUGUCACAUAUUUAGCUGUAUGCUUAUGCUUAUUUGUGGCAGCUCGUCUGUCUCCACAUGAAUGGACAGCGCCGCAUCCGUGUGAUGAAAGGGGAGACACCAGAAAAAAUCAGUUCACAUUAUUGAACAGCUUUUAUUAUAAUGUGUCUGCUUUGCUCAACCAAGGUACUGAACUGGCGCCACAUGCUACCUCAACAAGGCUGCUGACGGGAGUAUGGUGGUUUUUCGCUUUGAUUAUUAUCGCCACAUAUACGGCUAAUCUGGCUGCCUUUUUAACUGUUGAAAACAUGAAAUCACCGAUUGAAAGUGCUGAAGACUUAGCCAAUCAAGAAAAGAUUAAAUAUGGCACCUUAAAAAGUGGAUCAAGUCGUGAUUUCUUUCGAACAUCAUCUCUGCCGACAUUUAAGAAGAUGGGUGAAUUCAUGGAUAAAUAUCCAGAUGCAACUGUAUCGACGACAAAAGAAGGCAUUGAUCGUGUUCUUCAAGGUAAUUACGCCUUUAUCUUAGAAUCAACUUGGAAUGAGUACUACGCUCAAAGAGACUGUCGUUUAACUCAAGUUGGCACUCUGCUUGAUUCUAAAGGUUAUGGUAUUGGAUUCCCUCAAGACAUAAUGAACACCUGUACAGAUCUUUGCUGGUAACUUGGUGCCAUGGUCAAGUGAAUACUCAUUUUCUGUCUUGACAUUAUUAUUUGGUGAUACUAACAUGCUUUCCUUUAUACAGCUAUGUGGAUAUUUCAGUGUAAUUUGAUUUAUCUACCACUUAAUGGUAUAAUUAAUCUCAGUUUUACCCAGUUCUACCAUGGUUAGGAGCCAUUAGAAUCCACCUUUUCCCUUCCAUCGGAAUGGAUAAUUAUAUUACCAUUGUGAAGUAUUUACUCAACCAUUAAUUUGGUGAGUUCUAUCAAAUCUGAUAAGAAAUCUGAUAUCUGUAAAAUACGACCUAAAACAAAGAAUAGUAGUAUAAAAUUAUAUGUUUCCACAUAAUUAUGGUCUAAUCAGUGUUUUCAUCAUUCAUCCGGGCUGUGUUUAGAUGCAAAUUAACUUCUGUUGAAAUUUAUUCAAUGCAUUAAAAUGCUUUUACUACAAAUAACCACUGGUCUAAUAAAGUUCAGGAUUACUCUAAUACUAGUGUAACCAUAGUGCUAAUUAAGUUACAUAAUCUAUAAAAUUGAACCAAGUGGAAACUAUGUGUGUUUUGUGGGAUAAACUAUAUUUUAACAGUUCAUUAACUAACACACUUUCGCUCCUGCUUAAUUUAUCGCAUUUUAAAGGUUCACCCUGGAGAGAUCCCGUGUCAAAAUCAAUUUUAAAACUGCAAAAUGCUCAAAUAUUAGCAAACCUGAAGCGUGUAUGGUGGAAUGAUUUAACAUCACAGAACCAUGUUCUUUGCUUCGUGAAUCAGGGAAAGCUCCGAGUCCAUUAGGAGUGGAACAAGUUGGUGGUGUAUUUAUUAUGUUGUUGAUCGGCUUUGUUAUGGGAUUUGCUGUGUCUAUAAUCGAAUUUCUUGUAGCAACAAGAGACCAAAAGAAGGCAGCAGUGUGGCGUGGUAUGUGGAGAGAAUUGAAGUUUGCUACUCGUUGUCUGACUACAUCUCGUCGUCUGAAAUCAGAUAUCCCUCGAUUAUCUCGAUCACGUUCAAGCAAUCGACUUAUCUCUUCUGUACCUAAUAAUCUGAGUGCUAUAAAUAACUCCCCUAAUUCUUCAGGGUGUGCAGAAAACCUUCCUCAAACCAAUAACAUCAAAAUAAUCAAUAACAUUGGUACAAACAGUCAUGUAUCUGGAAUAAAUUCACGAAUGAAACAAGAUACAUCCAGAGAUCACUUGUUGAUGUCUGAAGCCAGACCUUCUUCAUGUGAACAGCAGCUUCAUACAGCACCAUCUGUACAACAACAGGGAGUUCAUCGAUUCGAACAGAGGUCAGCUGCUCUUCAGUGUCCAGGUUCAUUUGAUCAGAGUGAUAUAUCAGCAGGCGUUUCAAGUGAUCCACAAAAUUAUGUCUGUCGCCAACAACAACAUCCAUAUAUUCAGCAACAGCCCCAGCAACUUCAACAACUACAGCAAAUUCCAUAUUUACGCAGUGAAGCAGAGAUGAAACGAGUGGCAAUGUCAUCAGGUAUAAUUCGACCAAAUAUGAAUGGUGACUCUGAAUUGUGGCAAGUUAAUCAAGGGAAGUAAAACGUUGCUUUUGUGCUCAAAAGUUCAUGCUAACACUAACUAGGUGCCCAAAUAUUGAUAUAAUUUUAACAAUUUCUGCUAUUCAUAUAACUUAAACUCUCGAAAAAUGUUCUUUACAGAUUUAAAUACAGUUUUAGUAAAAUUUGCCUUUAAACAACACUUAUUUGUGCUUUCGUAAUGAAAAGUUAAUAACCCAAUAGAAGAAUGUUGUGUUUGUAGUCUAAAGGAGUUAAAUUGGUAUUUAGCACCCAAUUCAGAUGAAUUUCAGGGAAACAAAAUACUUUGUUAUUUGGUGGAUGAUAACUAAAAAUAAGACCCAGGAUGUACAUUUCGUCCUAUCUGAGACUCGACAUCUGGAUAUACCGGCAUUCUUGGUGACUGAUGAUGUUCCAACCAGGACUCAAACCCAGUGCCAUUUGUCAAAUAUAAUUAAUUAGCGGUAAAUACAAAAUUAAAGUGAGCAAAUAAAAGUGAUAAGUUG